UGCGUCGCUCGGCCCGCCCCCGGUACUGUUUCUUUAAAUGGCGGAGAGGGUCACGAAAGCAGGAAGAGAGGCGCUCUCUCUCUCACGUGACAGGGGCGGGCCCAGCUAACAAGAUCCGGUCACGUGGGCGCACAUUGGCUACCAAUCAGGACGCGUCGUUUUAGGGCGGGGGCGGGAGGAGCUGCGGCUCUGUGAUUGGCUGAACGCGCCGCGGAGACCUCGGGGGUUCGGGGCGUCGGGGAGUGUGCGAGGGAGCCCGGUCCGUGUGCAUAGGCGGAGACAAAGCGGUGGCAGUGGUGGCCGCAGAGGCGCCUGUGAGGCAACCCUGAGAGCCGAAUUUCGUGGUGCUGAGUCCGGUCAUCAUCUCAUUCUGCGCGGCGCUCGGAAGGCUCGUGUCUGGGCGGCGGCGGCGGCGGCGGUGGCGGCGGACGCGGCGGCAGCACAUGGUUCCAAGAGCAAGCUGCGGUUGUCGGGUUCCAAUUCCGUGGGGAGGGACAAAGGCAGCCGCGAGCGCUGGGCAACGCCCCGUCGGGGUGUGCGCUUGCCAUUGCCCUUGAUCCGGGCUCUGAAAGCUGGGCCCCACUCCUCUCUGAGGAGAGGCCCGGGAAGGGCCGGAGAGGCCGAGGCCACAGUCUGAGGAGAGUGGGGGGAGGGGCGUGCCCGUCUGAGGUGACUUGGGCGGGCUCAUUGUGAGGUAAUGCUAGUGGGUCAUUGUGAGGUAAUUUGACGCGCUACACUUCGGAGAUCGGGGUGGGGCUCUGAACGCAGGAACCCGCCCUCAGCGGUUAAGAGAGAUUUCGGUUGGGAGUUCGUGAAGCCGAACUAUCGCCAUAAUAAACCCGAACCAUGCUCACCAGUCUGGGGCCUCUUUAAGGAUCCUGGGAUCAUUGGUGGCGAAGACAUGGGUGAUUGUCCGGUUUUAUAACAGAAGUUGGUACAUUUCCGGAGUGGUAAGUUCCCUAGAAGAACAAGAAAGGGCUCGAAGCAAACGAAGAUGGAGCAGUCAUAAAACCGCCAACUCCAGUACCAUCUACUUCAAGGUUAUCCACAUUUCGACUCACUGAACUGUCUCGCAACCUAACGUGAAAGCUCCCAAGACGACAGAUGUAGGACGGUUCUAUUCAAAAUUUUACGUCAUAGUCUGAGAAGAUUAAAAAAAAUACUCCAAGGAGAAAUCAAUUGUAGUUUUAGACAUCUCUGAUUAUAUUUUAGAUAGUUUCGCAGCAGACUUGUUUAAGGAGCACAGACUUACCAAACUUUUCUGGAAAAGAAUCCUGGAAAACCUAUUCCAUUGUAAGGUUGUAUUUCCCAGUUAGCAGGUAAAGGCCCGAACCUCACUGCAAUCAUGGCUUUCACAAAUUACAGCAGUCUGAAUCGAGCCCAGCUAACCUUUGAAUAUCUGCACACAAAUUCAACUACUCAUGAAUUCUUGUUUGGUGCUCUUGCUGAACUGGUUGAUAAUGCAAGAGAUGCUGAUGCCACCAGAAUGGAUAUUUAUGCAGAAAGGCGAGAGGAUCUUCGAGGAGGAUUUAUGCUUUGCUUUUUGGAUGAUGGAGCAGGAAUGGAUCCAAAUGAUGCUGCCAGUGUGAUCCAGUUUGGGAAGUCAGCCAAACGAACGCCUGAGUCCACCCAGAUUGGGCAGUAUGGGAAUGGGUUAAAGUCAGGCUCCAUGCGCAUCGGGAAGGAUUUUAUCCUCUUCACCAAGAAGGACGACACCAUGACCUGCCUCUUCCUGUCUCGCACCUUUCAUGAGGAGGAAGGCAUUGAUGAGGUGAUAGUCCCAUUGCCCACCUGGAAUGCUCGGACCCGGGACCCUCUCACAGACAACUUGGAAAAGUUCUCCAUAGAGACAGAGCUCAUCUACAAGUAUUCUCCCUUCCACAACGAGGAGGAAGUGAUGGCUCAGUUCAUGAAGAUUCCUGGGGACAGUGGAACACUGGUGAUCAUCUUCAAUCUCAAACUCAUGGAUAACGGAGAGCCAGAGCUAGAUAUAGUCUCAAACCCGAGAGAUAUCCAGAUGGCAGAGACUUCCCCAGAGGGCACGAAGCCGGAGCGGCGCUCCUUCCGUGCCUACGCUGCCGUGCUCUAUAUCGACCCCCGAAUGAGGAUUUUCAUCCACGGGCACAAGGUGCAGACCAAGAGGCUCUCCUGCUGCCUGUAUAAGCCCAGGAUGUACAAGUACACAUCCAGCCGCUUCAAGACCCGGGCAGAGCAGGAAGUGAAGAAAGCUGAGCACGUAGCACGGAUUGCUGAAGAUAAGGCCCGGGAGGCGGAGAGCAAAGCGCGGGCAUUAGAGCUACGCUUGGGUGGAGACCUCACACGGGACUCCAGGGUGAUGCUGCGGCAGGUGCAGAACACAGCCAUCACCAUGCGCAGAGAAGCUGAUGUCAAGAAGCGGAUCAAGGAUGCCAAGCAGCGAGCACUUAAGGAACCUAAGGAACUGAAUUUUGUUUUUGGAGUCAACAUUGAACACCGAGAUCUGGAUGGAAUGUUCAUAUACAACUGCAGCCGCCUGAUCAAGAUGUAUGAGAAAGUGGGACCACAGCUGGAAGGGGGCAUGGCGUGUGGCGGGGUUGUUGGGGUCGUUGAUGUGCCCUACCUGGUCCUGGAGCCUACACACAACAAGCAGGACUUUGCCGAUGCCAAGGAGUACCGGCACCUGCUGCGGGCGAUGGGCGAUCACCUGGCACAGUACUGGAAGGACAUCGCCAUUGCCCAGCGGGGAAUCAUCAAGUUCUGGGAUGAAUUUGGCUACCUCUCUGCCAACUGGAACCAUCCCCCAUCCAGUGAUGUGCGUUACAAACGUCGGAGGUCUAUGGAAAUCCCUACCACCAUCCAGUGUGAUUUGUGUCUGAAGUGGCGGACCCUCCCCUUCCAGCUGCAUUCUGUGGAAAAGGAGUUUCCUGACACCUGGGUUUGCUCCAUGAACCCUGAUCCCGAGCAGGACCGGUGUGAGGCUUCCGAGCAGAAGCAGAAGGUUCCCCUGGGGACAUUGAAAAAGGACCUGAAGACACAGGAAGAGAAGCAGAAGCAGCUGACGGAGAGAAUUCGCCAGCAGCAGGAGAAGCUGGAGGCCCUGCAGAAGACCACACCCAUCCGCUCCCAAGCUGACCUGAAGAAGCUGCCGCUGGAAGUAACCACUAGACCUUCCCCCGAGGAACCUGCACGCAGACCUCAGCGUCCUCGCUCACCUCCUUUACCUGCUGUGAUCAAGAAUGCCCCGAGCAGACCCCCUGCCCUUCACCCUCCCAGGCCAACCAGAAAGGCUCCUGUCAUCAACAGCACCCCAAAGCCUCCUGCCCUGGCAGCCCGGGAGGAGGCCUGUACAUCCAGGCUUCUCCAGCCCCCCGAAGCACCCCGAAAGCCUGCUAACACUGCAGUCAAGACUGCGCCUCGGCCCACCCCUCCGGUGCAGCCGCUGACACCAUCUCUACUGCCCAACUCCAAGAGCCCUCGGGAGGUCCCCACCCCCAGAGCCGUCAAGAUGCCGGUGGUCAAGAAGCCAGAGCCGCCUAGUAAACCUCCCCCGGCCACCCCUGGUCGGAAGCGGGGUCUCGAUGCCUCUGACGAGGAGGAAGCUGAGGAAGAGGCUGAGAGGAGGAGGGAGAGACCCAAGCGGGGCAAAAUUACUGUGAAGGAGGAAAAGAAGGACUUGAGUGAGCUGUCCGACAGUGCUGAGGAGGAGGACUCCGCUGACCUCAAGAAGGCUCAGAAAGAUAAAGGUCUGCACGUGGAGGUGCGUGUGAACAGGGAGUGGUACACCGGCCGCGUCACAGCUGUGGAGGCAGGCAAGCAUGUGGUGCGGUGGAAGGUGAAGUUUGACUAUGUGCCCACAGACACAACACCAAGAGACCGCUGGGUGGAAAAAGACAGUGAGGAUGUGCGGCUGAUGAAGCCCCCUUCCCCGGAGUAUCAGAGCCCGGACACCCAGCAGAAUGGGGGUGAGGAGGAGUCCACAGGGGCCCCGCCGGUUGAGGCCCAGCCGGCUGUGGCCGUGACCGACGCCUCCACUUCUGACUGCGUCCGCAUUGAGCCUGACACCACCGCCCCGAGCUCCAACCACGAGACCGUCGACCUGCUCGUCCAGAUCCUCCGGAAUUGUUUACGGUACUUCCUGCCUCCAAGCUUCCCCAUCUCCAAAAAGGAGCUGAGUGCUAUGAAUUCAGAUGAGCUGAUAUCCUUUCCUCUGAAAGAGUACUUCAGGCAGUACGAAGUGGGGCUCCAGAACCUGUGCCAUUCCUACCAGAGCCGCGCCGACUCGCGGGCCAAGGCCUCCGAGGAGAGCCUGCGCACCUCCGAGAAGAAGCUCCGCGAGACGGAGGAGAAGCUGCAGAAGCUGAGGACCAACAUCGUGGCUCUCCUGCAAAAGGUGCAGGAGGAGGGCCUGGCAUGGCUAGAGGUUAGAACCCGGGACGCCAGUGAGGUUCCCACAGUUGUCUGGGACAUUGACAUCAAUACAGAUGACGAGCUGGAUGCCUACAUCGAAGACCUGAUCACCAAGGGGGACUAAGGGGCUCGGAGCCAGAGGCCGGCUCCCCUGCGCCUGCCUCGGGCAGAGCUCCCGGUGGGCGGGGCUGUCUCGUUAGGGGGCUGGUGGACUUUCCUUGUUUGGCUCACUUGGGACAUUUGUGCUUUUGGAGGGAAAAACACUCUGAUUCUUUGAAUCUUCCUCCCUAAGUUUAUAAAUAUUUAUUUUUUAAAAGAAACGAGAUGCUG